AUUGUGGGAGAGGAAGUGCCUCGUUUCCCACGUUGUUGCAGCUGCGGAGGGGAAAAGCCAUGGCCGCCUCCUCCUCCUGCAAAAGAAGCAAAAAACUGGGUGACUUGAGCGUGGAUGAGUUUUUAAUGUCUGGGUUUGAUUCCGAUUUGGAAGAUGAUUUGAUCGACGAUACUCCAAAUUCUGGGGAAGAUGAGAAAAGAAAGUUGCCUUCAAAACUUGACAGCACAAAGAAACCAGGAUGUAAUUUGGUAUCAGGGGAAAGGAAAAUAAAGAAAGGUAAUGCUUCAGUGCAUAAGGACCAGCUCUCUCGACUAAAGGACCGAGAUCCAGAAUUUUACAAGUUCCUGGAAGAAAAUGACAAGACUUUGCUUAAUUUUGAUGACUCUGACAGUUCUGAUGAAGAGGAAGAUCAUCAUGUGUUGCCUGAAAAAUUAGAGGAAGCAACUGAUGAUGAAGAUGAGGAUGAAGAGGAAGAAGACGACGAAAAGCCAGCUAAGCGGAAAAAAAUGGACUUCAUCACCGUGUCAUUGAAAAUGGUGGAACACUGGAAGGCAGCUGCAGAGAAGAAACUCACUCCUAGAAUCUUCCAUGAAGUCACUCAAGCUUUUAAAGCUUGCGUGGUCACAGCCAAAGGAGAAUCGGCAGGGCCUGAUUCCGGCAAGUUCAAAGUCACGGACAGCACAGUCUUCAACACACUUGUCUCGUUCUGCGUCCGCGACCUCUUCGUUCUUGUGCAAAAACUGCUUCAGGUGAAACCUGCAAAAAAUAAAUCAAAGUUAGUUUUGCCUUCCUCCAGCCCGUUGUGGGCCAAGUUACGACUGGACAUCAAAAUGCACCUUGGCUGUACCAUUCAGCUUCUGUCGUGUUUAACCCGCACCUCCGUAACAAUAGCUGUCCUUCACCACAUCAGUGCCAUAGUGCCUUAUUAUUUAAGCUUCCCAAAACAGUCUCGCAUGCUACUUAAGCAAAUUAUUCGACUCUGGAGCACGGGCGAUGAAGUUGUGAGAGUUCUAGCUUUUUUGAUACUCAACAAAUUCUGCCGGUAUAAACAGGAAGCUUAUUUGCCCUCCGUUCUUAAGCAAAUGUACAUUUCCUACGUCAAGAAUUCGAGGUUCACCUCUCCCAACGCCCUCCCUCUCAUCAACUUCAUGCAACGGACUCUGAUCGAGAUGUACGCUCUGGAUCCCUCUGUGUCUUACCAACAGGCCUUCAUAUACAUCCGUCAGCUGGCCAUCCACCUGCGUGGGGCGAUGACCAUCAAGAAGAAGGAAAACUAUCAGUCGGUUUACAACUGGCAGUAUGUCCACUGCUUAUAUUUUUGGUGCCGGGCGUUGAGUACGAUGCAUCCAAAUGACAUCAUGCAACCUCUGAUUUACCCUUUGACCCAAGUCAUCAUUGGCUGCAUUAAGCUGGUACCAACAGCUCGUUUCUACCCUCUGCGCAUGCACUGUGUCCGGGCGCUAACCCUGCUGUCGGAGAGCACACAGACGUUCAUCCCAGUCCUACCUUUCAUUCUGGAGAUUUUCCAACAGGUGGAUUUCAACAAGAAACCGGGGCGAAUGAGUGCCAAGCCUAUUAACUUUGCCGUCAUCUUGAAGCUCUCUAACGCCAACCUGCAGGAGAAGGCUUUCCGGGAUGGUCUUCUUGAACAGCUGUAUGACCUGACUUUAGAAUAUCUCCACAGCCAGUCUCACACGAUUGGUUUCCCAGAAUUGGCGCUGCCUGCCAUCCUUCAGCUGAAGUCCUUCCUGAAGGAUUGCAAGAUUGCCAACUAUUGCAAAACCGUCCGUCAGCUCUUGGAAAAACUGCAGGAGAACUCGGCGUUCAUCACCGCCAAGCGCCAGAAAGCUUCCUUCGGCGUCUCCGAUCGGGAGGCGGUGGAACGAUGGGAAAAAACCGUAAAAGCAGAAGGAACUCCGCUAAGGACAUACUACGUGACCUGGAAGAAGCUGAGGGAGAAGGAAAUUCAGCUUGAAAUUACUGGCAAAGAACGGAUGGAAGAUCUAAACUUCCCAGAAAUUAAACGCAAGAAGCCGAAUGAAAAGAAAGAGGAGGAUAAGAGGGAAUUUAAGGACCUCUUUGAAAUGGAGAGCAGUUCAGAAGAAGAGGCUUCGGAUGUCUUCUCCCGUAAAGGGAAAGGCAAGAAGGGGGCUGCAGACCGUGUUUCCGUGAGCAGCAGUGAGGAGGAGGAAGAGGAGGAGGAAGGACAAUACGAAGUGGACGAUGAGGGAGAGGAAGGAGACGAAGAGAACCUGAGCGACUCAGACGGAGGCGAGAGGGCCGUGCCCCGACCGAGCCGUCGGAAACCGCUGUCUCGGACAGAGGUGCAACAGCUGGCACAAGGAGAAGAGGACGUGGUGGAAGAUUUGGAUUUUUCCGAUGAAGACUGAUGGAUGGACAGAUAUAUUUUUUUUUGGGUGUGUGUGGGUAACUGGACAGCUGUUGCCACUUUUGGAGGGCCGAGGAAAGUUGCCUUGUUCCAGCAGCUGCGUUUCUGCGCUAGACGGACAUGCCAGAAAAUUUGGUCAUCCGGCAGGGGAGCCUAAAAAGACACGAUGGCUGCAAAAAAAACCCCCAAAAACCUGCCUCUUUAGAAUAAUGUGGGUUCUUAAAACCAUCUCAAAAUAAAACUUUUAAAUAUAUAUAUUUUUUUUAAAACCCACCCUCUGGGAAGGAAUCCCACUCGUCCAGCGCUGGAGAUUGCAAUGAUAAGUCCCACGAAGUCCCACCACAUUUUUUUUGGCUUGGCUCUUUUCCUGCCAAGUGGACAUUUAAAAAAAAAUAUAUAAAAUUGGACCAAACGCAUCAGGAAGAGUCGGACUGGGCAGCGCAAGGCGUGCGUUGAAUCCAUCCAAUUUCCUUUUUUUUUUUUCAUUUCUGUAUUGGGAACAUUUGUGUGGUUUCUCGGCUUGUAAAAACAGCCUCUUGUGGAUUUCUUUCUGGAGAUCUCGCUGCACCGAAACCGCAGCGGGCAAAACGGCCAGAUCCCGAUGGGAGCGACGUUUUUCCCUGCGGCUUUCACUGCAUUGUGAUCUACACAACGCCUUUCUUUUCCCCACCCGCUGUGCAGGGUCCACCAGGAACUGAGACACCCCCCCCCCCAAAACACUUAAGGUCGCCUAAGGUCACCUGACAGAUCAGAUGUAGGAUCAGGAGUUAGCAAAUCCUUAUUGUUGAGUCGUGGGUGGAUCCCCAGCGUAGCCAGGACCUCUCCCUAAUUUGCAAGUUAGGUGAAGGGACUUCUUUUAAGUCUUUGGCUUGGCUGAAAAACCGAGUUUUGGGGUUUAUGGAGAUACGCUUGAAGCCCAAGAGCCCUUAAGUGAUCAAUUUGGAUGCCAUAAAUUUGAAAUGAAGGUAGUUCAGCUAGCUUUAAGCUUUGGAUGGUAGGCUCAAGGAAUCUUGGCUGUUGUCAGCCUUUAUCUUUUGUAGAAUAGAAUAGAAUUUAGAGUAGAGUAGAAUAGAAUAGAAUAGAAUAGAAUAGAAUAGAAUAGAAUAGAAUAGAAUAGAAUAGAAUAGAAUAGAAUAGAAUAAUAGAAUAGAACAGAACAAGUAGAGUAGAGUAGAGUAAAACAGAACAGAAUAGAGUAGAGUAGAAUAGAACAGAACAGAACAGGACAAGUAGAGUAGAACAGAACAGAACAGAACAGAACAAAACAAAUAGAAUAGAAUAGAAUAGAACAGAACAAAUAGAAUAGAAUAGACCAGACCAGACCACGAGUGUUAUCUUGUAGGAUUCUGUAGACCAAGUUCAGGUGGUAGGACAAGAGUUGAGGCAUCAGAAGAACUUGCAUCAGGGUUUUUCAACCUUAACAACUUGAAGCGGGGUUGGACUAGAAGAUCUCCCAAGAUCCCUUCCAACUCUUGUUAUUCUAAAUUCUAAAGAUGUGUGGACUUCAAAUCCUAGAAUUCCCCAGCCAGUUGGUUUGGGGAAUUCUGGAUGAGAAACCCUGAUCUAAGAAGGUCGUGUAUAUAUAUAUACACCCACCGGGGAUGUCUGGAUUUUUGAACUCUUGCUUUCAGAAAGCCUUUUAGAAGGGUGGACUUCAACUCUUCAGAAUUUUUGAGAAUUCUGGGAAUUGGGAGUCCACCCGAUUGGAAGGCGCAAGAUGUCUGCCAACUCAACUCCCAGAAUUCUGCAGCAGGGAUUUUUAAGAAUUUUGGGGGGCUGUAGUCCACCCAUUGAACGAUGCAGCUUUCAAAGGGAGGGGUUUUUUUUAGCUCCCAGAAUUCUUAGCAAUGGUGGCUAGAGAAUCUUAAGAUGUCCCAUUUUUCCCCAUCCCUAGAGCACCAGAUGGCUGCAAUUCAAUGUCCAGCUUUCUCCAUCCCAUGGAUUGGAGAAUUCCGGAAACUGAAGUUCACCAUUCUUGGAGACUGGGAGCUCCAUGCGUUCUCUUGGUGGUGGCCCCCAAUUCUUCUGCAUUCUGUGCUCAAAAUUCUGGGAAGUCCCAUGCCCUGCUGGUGGGCCUCCAACUCUUAGUUCUGUUAGGAAUUCUGAGGCUUGGAGUCCAAUCCAGGAGACGGAUCCAUGUCCCGUAGAUGGUGGGUCUCCAAUUCUUCUGAAUUCUGUGUUCAGAAAGUUCUUCACCACAGAGGAAUAAUCCUAUCUCGAUAGGAUGCCCUACAGCAGGGGUCUCCAACCUCGGCAACUUUAAGACUUGUGGACUUCAACUCCCAGAAGUCCACAAGUCUUAAAGUUGCCGAGGUUGGAGACCCUUGCCCUAUAGCAAUGGUAGUCUUGAAAACCCUAGAAAUUUGAGGUCCUCUCCUGACCCCCCCAAGUACCAGAUUGGCUGCCGUUCAAUCUCUGGUGUUCUCCAGCACUGGAGAAUUCUGGGAAUUGAAGUUCACCAAACUGGGAGAUGGAAGUCCCGCAUUCUCAAGGUAGGUUUGAUGUUAAAAACGAUCAUCCUGCUAAAAAUUCUGAGAACUGAAGUCCAUUUGACCUAGCAUUCUGCAUCUGAAUAGGACAACUUCAAUUCCCAGAGCUUGGCAACGGGUGUAGAAUUAAGGGAAUCAAAAGUUAAACCCUCUUGUCUAGAUGGAAAGUCAACUGAUGCAAUCCAGACUUCUCACGCUUAUUUCUGUAUUCUGGGAACAUAAAUCUAAAAAUAGUUUUUUGAUUGAACUUAAAUACCCAGAAGCUUAGCAGUGUGGCUGGAGAAGUCUGGGGGACAAAGUCCAUCCAUUUGGGGGGGGGGGUCUUUGUGUAUUCUGGGGAUGUGUCUUCCUCCCAGAUCUUUCUGUACAUUAGGAACUCGAGCUGCGAUCCAUGUAACUUGGAUGCCCAGAAUUUUUUAAGUCCUUUAGGUCCUUCCCGUCCAAUGGGUGCACCUCAACUCUGAAACCUUCCCUUGUGUCGGGGUCUCCGGUGCCUUGGCAAACUUAAGAUGGGUGGACUUCAGUUCUAAUUAGAAAAGCCUACACAACUUAAACUUGUCAAAGUUGAACACCUUUAUUAUGUAGGGUCUCAGUUCGUUGGGUGUAAUGCACGGUCCCUCUCCACACUCUUCCCAGGUGAGCCAGACAAUCCAUCCAGGUAAAAUUGCAGUUCCUCCCCUUGUUUUAAGCAGGUGUGCACGGCGUACUCUUGUUCCAAAUCUUGGAAAGUUCAUUUCGAAUAAUAUACGUUUGUGUGCGCCUGCUUCUAGCAAGGGGUGCAGAGAGAAAUCUCUUGCAUGGUGGGUCAUGCCCAGGAAGGGGGGGGAAAGAAAGGCCAGGAGCCAACUAUGGCAUGGGGAGGCUAGCGGAGAGGUCUGGGGCAUCCCAGGGCCUCUUUCGCCAGCCUGCCUUUUACCAUGGUUGAAGCUCAGGGCUGGUGGGGACUUGGGGGAGGCCGAGAGAUGGGGUGCAGGUGUGCCGGGACGCUGCCAGUGUCCUUGGCUCUCAGGGUGGCGUUUUGGCCACUCCAAGCCAAGGACAUUGGCAAGCUGUUCUCUGUGGCCCCUCACAUGUACCCCAUCUCUUCUUAGGCCUCCCUCAAGUCACCAUCAAUCUUGGCCCAAUAGGGGCCUUGGGGGGAAGGGGGGGUCAUUGGGGGUAUGUAAACAUACCCCCCCUUCUGGGACUGCCCUCCUCUGGGCUACCUUUAAACCAAAACUGUAAUUGUGGGGGGGGAAUGUUGAUUUGUUUUUUUGAGUUCUAAUAAAGAUUUUUCUGCCA